AGGAGUACCAGGCUGUACUGGUACAGCAAAGCACGACUAUCUUCUUUGCCCAGUACAGAUCGGCUAGCCAGGCUAACAACGCGCUAGUACCACCUACAUCGCCUGAUGCCUUCUUCCUCGGACGAGUCUUCAUCAUCAGGUAGUACAACCUCCGUUCAAAAAAAAUGGAAAGGAAAAAUGAAAGGAAAAGGAAAAGUGAACAAGGAAAAAUCGACGGACAAAUCUCAAGAUCCCAGUUGGGCAUACAAACCGCCUCACAAAUAUAGUGCGAUGAAGGAUGUACAUGAUGAGGACGAGUGGGAUUGGGAUACUUUUCAAGGGAACAAGGACCUUGAACUUUGGUUAAUUCGGGUUCCAGACGGUGUAAAACCACAACAUCUAGAAAAUGUUUCUAUCCAAGGUCUAUCCAAUUCCAAAGACCCGAAACUUGGAACAAUAAGCUCGAAGCAAGGGAAAUAUGAUAUAUAUGAAUACAGAGAUGCCGACCCCCCUGUAGGAGGCGAAGAAAUCAAGAAUAUAUCAUGUCUACUUCCACGAAGAGGCAAGAAGGAUGAACUUCGUCUGGCUCCCAGGCCAAUAGCACGCCGCCUAGUCGUUUCAUCUCAUGAAGUGAAGGCAACGCCGAUAGAUGACGAGGCAGCGAUCGAGCUCAUGAAUCCUAGACGCUUCUCGUACUCGAAAGAAAUGCUCACGCAUAAGUUCAUGCCCUAUGGAUCCCAUCUACCCACACCACCGGAGGAUGUUGAUAUGGACGUUGAAGAAAUUCAAGCACGUCCCCCUGAGCCUGAACCCAAGAAGCCGAAGAAUGCGGAUGGUUCAAGAACCAAGGGCAAGCGUAAAAAGAUGGCAGAAGAGACUUCCAGUCCCAAGAAGUCAAAAAAAGUCAAGAGGGCGAAGUGAACUUGAAGCACACAUUCCGGGAGUGCUCCGUCCUGAGCUAGCUUAUCUAUUGAUUAGAUAUUUUAUUUUGAAAUUGAGAACUUGGCCGUAUGAUCAGUAAAUACAGUUCACUGUUACAC